AUGCUGCCGAAGCUACCAUGGAAGGAAUCACCUCUCAAACAAGACUCGGGCUUCAGUAUGCCUUGGAGGAACACAAAAACAGUCAAUGUUCAAUUAGAUUUGCAGGCUCCGUUGAUAAUUAUGCCAAUUGAUCCCACAAAUUGGAAGUCUCCAGUUGUCAUUUUAGAUGCUGGUCAUAUAAGUGUCAACAGUGACUUGGUUGACAAGUCUAUUAUCGAAGAGUUCAAGUCUAAAGAUACUUACAGCAAAGAGGAUCAGAAAACUUUCAACACCUUCAUGUACGAUAAGUUCAAUCUUCAUCUCCAGGAUGCUCAAUUCUUGGUUGGCCCAACAAUCAAGAACACUAUGGAACAACUUCAUACACGAAGUAAAACCAUGUCCGCUGUUGUUCUUGACAAUUUUGACCUUAAGCUCUACCUUGGUAUUUCUAUUCUUCCAGAUGCCGUAAACUUGGCUCGUUUUAAAAUGGGUGGAGAGAUUCCUUGUGUUAAUGUCGCUCUUAACGACUUUCAGUACAAAACUAUCAUGCAGCUUAUUGAUGUUAUUAUCCCAAAUCCCGAUAUGCAAGAAACGGAAGAGGAAGGUAUAUUUGACACCUUUGGCAACAGUCUGAAUAACAAGGAAAUUGAAGAUGUGGAUAAUAAUACCAAAGAGACAAAUAAAAGUCCUCGUCCAGAUGUGGUACAACAUAUGUUCGAAAUGGACUUUAAAGUUGGAGCAGUGAACUUAUACUUGUCAAGAUGCGUCGAUGCGGUGACCUUAGAGGCUGAGCAUUUGGUUGACUUAGUGGGUGAUUCAUUAAAUUUCUUUUUUUACAAGACGGAUUAUGGCAUGCAUGUGGAUUUGUCCUUAACAGAUAUUAACUUGAUCGAUCACAUUGAAAAAUCUGGCAUUCCAGAAUUCGAGAAGUUGCUUUCAUCCAACAACUUUUUGGAAGAAGAGGCAGUCAGCAGAAAAAAUUCAGAAUUGUUCAAGGUCGAGUACAAUCGUGAGCAAAGACUUGUGGAGUUCAAUGGCAAAGAAAUAGAGCUAUUUGACCAAGAUGUGAAGGUCGACAUGUCCGCUGUCAAAUGCGUGGUUUCCAGAAAGUCUUAUCUUAGUAUUUUGAACUUUAUUCUCAACACGUUCACCGAUCCAAAUGCAGUUGCAACUCCAGCUGAUGAUUUGAAGCACAAUGAUGUGGCAGGAGAAGCAGCACCAGAGAAGAUCAACGUCGAUGUUAACUUGGACAGUAUCAUUGUUGUUUUGAAUGAAGAUGGGAUAAAAUUGGCCACUUUGCAACUCAGUACUGCGCAAAUUAAUGUAUUUUUGCUCCCUGAAGAGAUGGAAGUGAACUGCAAGUUGGGCGCUCUUACAUUGCAUGAUGAGUCAAAUCAAGGAUCUCCACGUAACUCUAUCUUCAGAAGUUUAGUCAGUAUUGAAGGUGAUAAUUUGGCAGAACUCACAUAUAAGACUCAUGAUAUGGCAAAAUCAGAUCAGCCAUACCAAAGCUCGAUUGAUUUUGUUACUGCUGCGACAAAGAUUAACUUUGUUGAAGAUGCUUUUAGCAAAAUUUUCUCUUAUCUCAACAAGUUCCAAAGAAUGAAAGCAAUUUAUGAUAGUGCCCGUGAUGCUGCGAUUAAUCAGGCAAACCAAAUCAACAAUGCAACCAACAUGAAAAUGAAUAUUUUGGUGGGUGCUCCCACCGUAUAUUUUCCCAGAUUGAUUGAUCAAAGAAACGAUACGUGUGAUAUGUUGGUGCCGAAUUGGGAGAAAUCUAUCUUGAGAAUAAUUUUGAACCAAUCAAUGGCAUCCUUCACAACAGGAUAA